ACAGUAGAAAUCCCCCCAAAAUGUCAGGACGGUAGAAAUCCCCCCAAAUGUCAGGACGGUACAAAUCCCCCCAAAUGUCAGGACGAUACAAAUCCCCCCAAAUGUCAGGACAGUACAAAUCCCCCCCAAAUGUCAGGACAGUACAAAUCCCCCCAAAUGUCAAGACAGUACAAAUCCCCCCCAAAUGUCAGGACAGUACAAAUCCCCCCAAAUGUCAGGACAGUACAGAUAUCCCCCAAAUGUCAGGACAGUACAAAUCCCCCCCAAAUGUCAGGACAGUACAAUCCCCCCAAAUGUCAGGACAGUACAAAUCCCCCAAAUGUCAGGACAGUACAAAAAUCCCCCCAAAUGUCAGGACGGUACAAAUCCCCCCAAAUGUCAGGACGGUACAAAUCCCCCCAAAUGUCAGGACGGUACAAAUCCCCCCAAAUGUCAGGACGGUACAAACCCCCCCAAAUGUCAGG